UGAAUAUCAUUUAUUAUAUUUUCUAUUUAAAUGUAAUAUGUAAAUAUGAAUUUAGACCCUAUUAUUUUAAAAGGAUUAACCCUUUUAAGAUCAAGAUCCAAGGAAUCAGCUCAGCAACUUAAAUCUUUGUUAGAUGAGUUAAUUGCUAAAUCAAAAAGCACAGAAGUGAAAAUUAAUAGGGAAACUGAUGCAUUAGAUAACAUAGAAAAAUUAAAAAGAGAUCUUAUAGAUUUGGGCAAUUCACAUUCAGUUAAAAAACCAAAGAUUGAAAUUGAAAAGGUGAUAAUAAAAGAAGAACAUUAUGUAGAGCGUAUAUUAGAAGUCACUGCUUUAAAAAAUGAGUCUGAUUUAUUUUUAUAUGAUAUAUUUGGAGAUAUAAAAGAUGUAGAAGAUUCUAAAAACUUAGAUAUUCCCUUAGAAUUGGAUCUGAGCAUUAAAUGUGUUGUUUGCAAAAAGGCGCAUAGUGAUGUUACAAAUCAAUUAAUCGAAUGUCAAGAUUGCCAUUCAUUUUAUCAUCAGGAGUGUCAUACUCCCAUAGUAUUAGAUGACGCUAAUGAUCCUCGCUUCGUAUGGUAUUGCAAAUCGUGUUUAUCUCGGGAAGAUGAUAGCAAAACUCCGACGUACUCGCUUAUUAGCUCAAAAGAAGACGAUAUUUUGAAUCAAUUUGCUUCAAAAGAUAAGAAAAUAUCUGAUGAUUCGCCUGUCCUAAUUUAUCAUAGCAAAAAUUCUAGCGAAUCUUCAUCCAAAUCUAAUGACAUAGAUAUCAUAAAACAAAUCAAAAAAAAACAUUCUUUAUCUAGUACUCAUGCCAACGCCUUCAAAAAUCUCAAAAUUCCUUUAAUUAACAACACGACCAGUACAAAAUCACCGAUCUCCGUGUUCACUAGCAGUUCAUCUACUAAACCUAAACUGACUGGUUUAGCAGGGCUAGCCGCAAAUAUAAUGCAACAAAGUUCUGGAGUGAGUCCCACGUCCUCGAUUCCUAAAUUUGGUGGGCACAAAGGUAUAAGCAGCCAACGAUCGCUUAGCUUAACUUCCGCUAAUUUGGUUAAUAAAUCAUCAAACAAUACUGUAUCCUUUAAUGCGAACCUUACAUCUUCUCUCUCUUCCACAAAUAUGUCACUUAAAAAAUUAACUACCACGAUUAAAUUGCCAGCUUCGAGCAACUCUGGCUUCAUACCUCCGACCAUGAAAGAUUUCGAGAAAAGAUUGCAAAAAAUGAAAAAGAAAAAGAAUUUUUUUGGAUAACUUCUCCUGUAUAUGAUAUGUUGCUGUUUAUUUUAUAUAAAUGUUCUAUGUAAACAAAUCUAUAUAUGAUACUUAAUUAACAAUUUUAUUUAUAUUAUUUAUAAAAAAAAUACAAAUUUUAUAC